ACAGCCUUCACAACUUGAAAUUUUAUCUUUGCGCUUGGGGCAAUGACGCAGCUAGUGAGGUACUAACCGAGGCGCGUCUAUUGCUGGUUGAAAACUAUUUCCAAACCCCCUCAUUGGCCUGGGUUUGGCCCAGGCCAUUGAGAAUUUCUGGAAGGGCUCCCUUAGGGGUAAAGCUCUACAAUCCAUAGUCUUUAAAUUCUAUUUAUCCGGUGCAUACUAAAGCAACAACGAAAUUAUAAAUUCAUCGAUGCCGGCAAAUAUUGAAACGACAGCGAAAUAUUGCUAACAACUAAAUAAUCUAAUAUUUGGAAAUAAUAAAGCACCUGUGGACACGUAAAAAUGACAGUUUUAAGUUUUGCAUUAGGAUGUACGGUGGAGGGGAGGAGUCGUGUAGAGGGAGAGGGAAUCAGGUAGAAGAGUCUAAGCUUCCAAUGGCGCCAAAAGCAACAGCUAAAAAUAAAACUCCAUCUCGUGAUCCAAACGGAAUGUUCUCUGGAAUGGUGGUCUUCUUGGUAGAAAACGGAGUUCAAUCCCGCCGAUUACAGAUAUGGAAGCAGAAACUGGUACAAAUGGGAGCUACGAUUGAGACUCGAUUAUCGAAAAAGGUAACACAUGUUCUUGCGAUGAAUUCAAACGCGCUUCUCCAGCAACUGGACAAAGAGCGGUUACAACGACUCAAAGUAAAGGUGCUUGUUUAUCAGUGGCUAGAGGACAGUUUGAGAUUAGGAAAAAAGGUAUCCGAGGAAACAUACAAUGUAGAAGUUGAUUUAGAAGAGCAAAGUAAUAAAAAACAGUCUUUAGUCGGUGAAUCAACCGAUGGAAAUGCUUCUAGUGGUGAUGAACCAUCGCCUCGUAACAAAAAGGUGAGGUCUUCUUCUCUUGAAGAUAACAAAAAUAAACCGGGUGAAGAUGAUAAUGCGUUAAUCGAGGAACCAAACUCUCCCUCCGCAAGUUCUGAUAGCUCCGACCUCACUUUGAGCCGUGCAAGUAUUGGUAUGAAGACUCCCAGUAAUAGUCCGAGCAAUGAUCCAUCCUCAGCAUACUGUCCACCUGACUUAAACAGGAAUAUCACUGAAAUAUUUGGAAAACUAAUCAAUAUAUAUAGGGCAUUGGGUGAUGAUCGCAGGUCAUUUAGCUAUUAUAAGGCUAUUCCAGUUACUGAAAAGUUACCAUUCAAAAUUGAAAGUGCAGACCAGGUCAAAAAUCUGCCUGGGAUUGGGAAGUCACUGCAGGAUCAUAUACAGGAGAUUGUGACUACUGGGAAAUUGUCCAAGUUGGAGCAUUUUGAAACAGAUGAAAAGGUACGGACAAUUAGUUUAUUUGGGGAAGUUUGGGGUAUAGGUCCAGCCACUGCCCUCAAAUUGUAUGAGAAAGGAUACCGUACGCUAGAUGAUCUUAAGAAUGAGAGUUCAUUAACACACGCUCAGAAAUUAGGAUUGGAAUAUUUUGAUGAUAUUAAGACAAGAAUUCCACGCAAUGAGGUUCAAGAAAUGGAACAACUUCUGCAGAAAGCUGGGGAAGAAAUAUUGCCUGGGGUAAUACACUAAAACUUCUGCGAAGAGCUGGUUUGCGGAGGAUCUUAUAGACGUGGAAAAUCAUCUUGCGGAGAUUUGGAUGUGGUGAUUACACACCCUGAUCGAAAAAGUCAUAAAGGUUUUCUGCCAAAAUUCGUGAAGCGUUUGAAAGAAAUGAAGUUCUUAAGAGAGGAUUUGGUAUUUAGCAUUCAUAGUGAGGAGGGCACUGAUUCAGGUGUUGACACAUAUUUUGGUCUUUGUACAUAUCCUGGAAGAGGACUGCGCCACCGCAUAGAUUUUAAGGUAUAUCCAAGGGAUAUAUAUGCAUUUGGUUUGAUAGCGUGGACUGGGAAUGAUGUACUGAACAGAAGGUUGAGACUGUUAGCAGAAUCCAAAGGAUUCCGGCUUGAUGACACUGGAUUGUUUCCAGCUACUCAGGCUUCAGCUGGCAAACGGGGCUCAAGGGCUACCGCGAGCCUGCGGCUUGACACCGAAAAAGAGGUGUUUGAUUUCCUGGGCUUCCCUUGGCUUGAACCUCAUGAAAGGAACCUAUGAGAUGUUUGUAAUUUAGGAGCAUGAUAUACAUAAUACAUGUACACUUCUAGUUCAAGGAACCAACAGAAUACUACGGAGUGAUAGCAGGGUCAUUUUGGCGGUUAAAGCAAGACGUGGCUCAUUUUUGCUGGUUUUUGUCAUUGAAUGCGAUCCCAACACUGGCUCCAAGCUUUGACCCUUCUAACUUGAACUGCUGUCCAGAAUAUGCAUUAUUUUGUAGCAUAUCACAAAUUAGUGUAUAUAUCUUUUGAAUCAUCUAUGUAUAUUCUUACUUCUUAUGAAUGAACAUCGAGUUAAACAUAGACUCAAAACAAACUGCAACAAGGUCUUUGUUCAUAAGCUCA